AUGAUUAAAGCACAGGUAGAUCUGAGAGCGAGAAGUCAGCGCUCUCAGGAGGCCGACAAACCUCACAGAAGAAAGGGAGAGAAGAAAUACAGCUGUGACGAUUGUGGGAAAGAUUUUACUGUGAAAGCUUCACUAAAACAGCAUCAGGUCAUCCACACUGGAGAGAGACCGUUCAGCUGUGGCGACUGUGGAAAGUCUUUUUCCUCAGCUUCAUACUUAAAAAAACACCAGGUCAUCCACAGUGAAGUUAAAGCGUACAGCUGUGAUCAGUGUGGAAAGAAUUUUACUUGGAAGGUUUCACUAAAAAUGCAUCAGGUCAUCCACACUGGAGAAAGACGGUUCAGCUGUGGCGACUGUGGAAAGUGUUUUACCCAGUCUGGAAGCUUAAAAGCACACCAGGCCAUCCACACUGGAGAGAGGCCAUACAAGUGUGAUAUUUGUGGAAGGUCUUUUUCCUCAGCUUCAUACUUAAAAACACACCAACUCAUCCACAGUGGAGUUAAAGCGUACAGCUGUGAUCAGUGUGGAAAGAAUUUUACUUGGAAGAUUUCGCUUAAAAUGCAUCAGGUCAUCCACACUAGAGAGAGACCGUUUAUCUGUGACUUAUGUGGAAAGUCUUUUACCCAGUCUGGAAGCUUAAAAGCACACCAAGUUAUCCACACUGGAGAGAGACCGUUCAGCUGUGAUGACUGUGGAAAGUCUUUUACCCAGUCUGGAAGCUUAAAAGCACACCAGGUCAUCCACACUGGAGAGAGGCCAUACAACUGUGACAUUUGUGGAAAAACUUUCAGCCGGAUAGACAGCCGAAAUACACACCUACGCAUUCACACCGGACAUGAUGUGUACAGCUGUGAUCAGUGUGGUAAACUAUGUUUAACAGGCACACAGUUACAACGCCACAUGUUUACCCACUCUGAGGAGAGACCUUAUAAAUGUGACCUGUGUGAGAAGACUUUUAAAGCUCCACGUAACCUGAAAGAACACAGACAGAUCCACACCAGAAAGAGACUCUACAAGUGCAGUUACUGUGAGAAGCAGAGCGACACAGAUGGAUCCAGUUCUCAGCCCUGUCAUCACUGUGGUGGUGGGAAAGACUUUCGUUGUUACCUUUGUGGAAAAAUUUUCAGCCAUCAAAAGACCCUAAAAAUACAUCAACGUAGACACACUGGAGACAAAAUGAACUACUGCAAAGAAUGUGGGAGAGGCUUCACCAGACCAAAGGACUUAAAACAGCAUGAACUCAUUCACAGUGGGGUUAAAAAGCACGUCUGUGAUCAGUGUGGGUCAUCCUUCACCCUUGCAAGUGGCCUUAAAACACACAAACGUGUCCACACAGGAGAGAAACCAUACAAGUGUAGACACUGUGACAAAAGCUUCUCACAAACAGGUAGUCGUAACGAUCAUGAACGUACACACAUGGAAGAGAACUUCAGCUGUGACCAGUGUGACAAGAUCUUCAGGAGUUUCAGUUCCUAUUCCAAACACAAACGAUCCCACGCUGCAAAUAAACUGUUUCACUGUCACCAAUGUGCAAAAGUAUUCACUUCGUUAUCUGCUCUGUGCAAACAUCAGCGUGAUCAUCCAGGACUCAAAUCACUCCCAUCAGUGGAUCACAGAAGCACACAGCCCCACUCCACUGACGACUGGCUGUUGGCCAACACCCACAACGACUUUUACAGCCGCUUUGAUGAUCCAUCAACCAGUCUUCACACCUCAAUAGAGACUUCCCCAACAAUAGAGACACUUUGGGUGUUUGCGUCUCAGCGUUUUCUGGAUCCUGUUGAUGCCUGUUUGGUGCCUGUGGUCGGCUUAGAUGGUGAUGCUCCUCGGCCUCGCUGCCCAUGCCCUCCCAGGCUAAACCUCCGCUGCGGCGGGUUUCUGGACCUCCUGAACCCCGAGCGCCAACUCCAGCUCCUGCUAGGAUUGGCCUGGUGA